AUGGCCCGCACCAGGCAACCACCCCGGCGGGGUACAGGAUGCAGAAGCUGGACUCGAUACGCCCCCAUUGGCAGGUGUUUUGGCAGAGUGGCAGUGUCCGAUCCACCCCCAUCGGAACCCUCCAUCCCCAGUGACGAGGAGGCCCUCGAAGAUGAUGAAGCCCUCGACGAAGCCUCCGCCAGUGAGCCUGCUGCCUCCGGAGAUGAAAAUGAAGAUGAAAACGACAACGACAACGACAACGAGAGCGAGAACGAGUCUCCUGCUCCCGCUCCCAAGAGAGCUCGCAAAGCAGCUCCUCGUACUGCCGCUGCUUCCAAGGGCAAGGGAAAAGCACCCAAGAAAGAAGCUCCCAAGAAAAAUGCCCCCAAGAAGGAAGCUCCCAAGAAAGGUAUCAAGGGCAGUAAAACCUCCAGUCCGCCGAAGGGCAUCAAGACCGAGCCCGCCCCGUCCGACGACGGGCAACUGGAUCCCGACGCCCCAGCCCAGCACGCUUCUGCGGCCAACCCCAGCAUUCCCAAACCGGGCAUGGUGAACGCCGCGACCAACACCUCGACCCUGUCCCCUGCGGGCUUUACAGCGAUCGUUAUCGAUGGGCACAUCUUCGAGGUUCCGGCGGAUCCGGUGGAGUGCUUCCAUACGGUGCGGCAGCAGGUCAUUGCGUCGUAUCGUGCGGUUGUGGCAAGGAGCGGGACGGACAGGGACCUGGCUGUCGCGAUGGGUACUGGGGCGGCGGAGGGAGGGGGCGGGGUUGGUGCUGCUGGGAAGAGGGCUGCUGAGGGCUGUGAGGGGGAAGAGGGACGGCCGGUAAAGAGAUGGCGGGUUCAGGUUGGGGAUGGGGGUAGUGGUGGGAAUGCUGCUGAGGAUGGGGACGGGGGUGGGUGUGGGCUUGGAUCGGGGGUUUAUUAUCUCACGAAAGAGUAG